CAGCACAAUCCAUUGGAAUAAAAAAAGUGAACUUUUUUUCUUCUAAUCUUUCCCGGUAAGAGCGGCAAAAAUCUUUGUUCUAUACUUCACUAAUCCACAGCACAGCAAUGGCAGAAGUGUUCUCACUUCGCCUUCUAUUGUCUUCCGGGAACGAAAGAGUUUCUCGUUCUACUACUUCUUCUCCAUACAAGUCACUGAAGUCAGCCAAAAGCUAUCCCAAGUCCACGGCUUCCGUUCCUGCUUCAAGAAAAGUUUUGUCAGGUCGUUUCAGUGUUUUGCAGAAGACCCAGAAGUUGAAUUUGGAGGUUUCACCUCACAGAGCUGUGUCUGCUGUGAGGUUGAUGAGAAUAGAGCUUGGUGGUGCAUUUGCUGAUCUUCUUAAUGAGAAAGGGAAAGGUUCUGGUGAUAAUGAGAUGGGAUAUGUGGAAAGGACUCUUGGCUUUCGCACAAGGGAUUUAGAAGAUCGUGAUCUUAGAUUGGUUACUGAUAUAGUUGGAGGAACGAUCCGCUGGAGGCGAUAUCUAGACCAUUUGAUCAGUUCGCUAUGUCAUGAUAAGUCUUUUAGCAGCAUGGAACCUCUGCUCUUACAGAUUCUUCGAAUUGGUUUCUAUGAGAUUCUUAAGCUAGACAUGCCACCAUAUGCUGUUGUGGAUGAGAAUGUGAGACUUGCAAAAGUUGCCCUUAGACCUGGUGCUGGCAACAUGGUUAAUGCACUUCUCCGAAAGCUAGUUUCGCUUAAGGAACAGAACUCACUUCCUUUACCAAAAUUGGAAGGUGAUGAUCGCACACAAGCACGUGCACUUGCCACAUUGUAUUCACAUCCUGUUUGGAUGGUCAGGCGAUGGAAUAAGCAUCUGGGAAAAGACGAGGCAAUCAAAUUGAUGGAAUGGAACAAUAGUGAUCCUAGUUUCAGUUUAAGGGCAAACACUGGGAAAGGUAUUUCAAGAGCUGACCUUGAAGAAAAGCUAAAUUCAUUGAAGGUCCCAUACGAGCCUUCUUUGCAUUUGGACGAUUUUGUCCGUAUGAAAAUUGGAUUACAGAUCGUAAUACAAGCGGGUUUGCUUAAAGAUGGCCUGUGUGCAGUUCAAGAUGAGAGUGCAGGUCUGAUAGUCUCUGUUGUGGAUCCUCAACCGGGUGAUAGAAUCAUCGACUGUUGCGCUGCUCCUGGAGGAAAGACCCUUUACAUGGCAUCCCGAUUGCGUGGCCAAGGCAUGAUAUCUGCAAUUGACAUAAACAAGGGUCGGCUGAGAAUCGUUAAAGAGACAGCUAAGUUGCACCAAGUAGAUAAUGUCGUCACAACAAUUUGCGCAGAUCUUCGUAUUUUUCCAGAAACAAACACUGAGACAUAUGAUAAAGUUUUGUUGGAUGCUCCAUGUUCUGGAUUGGGUGUUCUCUCCAAGAGAGCGGAUUUGCGUUGGAACAGGCGGGCGGAGGAUAUGGAAGAGCUUAAGAAGUUGCAGGAUGAGCUCUUCGACGCAGCUUCCUUGUUGGUCAAGCCUGGCGGAGUUCUAAUAUAUAGCACCUGCUCAAUUGAUCCUGAAGAAAAUGAAGAUAGAGUAGCUGCAUUUCUUUUAAGGCAUCCAGAAUUCAAUAUAGAACCAGUCGACAAAUAUGUUCCAUGUGAUUUCGUAACAGCACAGGGUUUCUACUCUUCGUUCCCAGUAAAGCAUUCACUUGACGGGUCUUUUGCUGCCCGGUUAGUUCGAUCAUAACAAGUUGGAAUGUAAGUGUUGAAAAAGCUGGAUUCCGACUUCAGUUUAGUGGCGAAUUCAGAAGAACAAGAGUGAGAAAGAGAGUUGCCUUUUACAGGCACAUAACAAUCUUCUUAUUCACAAGAUGAUCUGUUCUCUCUGCCUGCUGCAUCAAAGAAAUUACUUUGCUUCAGAAUGAAGAUCUAUUUAAAGAAAAGAGCCAAAGAAUCAAACCACAUCACAAGGAAGAAGAAGAUUACAAUUUUUCAGCUAAUGUGAUUAUAUCGUGUUGUUCUGAUAGAGCUCAUUAGCUCAAUCAGCAAAAAGGGCUUCAAAUAUUAUCUACGCAGGAGGAACUGAACUGUUGCAACUAGCAACAUAGUUGUAGCAUUUUUGUUCCAAUUGUAAACAGUAUUUUUUUUCCAAUUGUAAACAAUAACGCCUUGUGUAUGAAAAACAACUUCAAGGUGACCAUAAUAAGCAGUGAAGAGCCACAUUUUAAGUU